AUGGCAUCGCUAAAUCCCCAUGUCAAGCUCCCGACCCUCACGGGAGAUAAUUACUAUGACUGGAAAUUUGCGGUUUCCAUGGUCAUGCGGCGCAACGCGUGCUGGGACGUUGUGAGUGGAAAGGUGUCGAAGCCUGCCGAAGACAAGUUGGGAGACUGGCCGAAGAAAGCGGAAGAUGGACUCACACUAAUCGGGCUCACAGUUGAUCCGAGCCAGUACGGCUACAUUCGUGAUUGCACGGAUGGACCGGCGGCAUGGAAAGCAUUGGCAGCGGUCUACGAGAAAAAUAGCCGCGCGAACCGAAUCGCCCUCAAGCGUCAAUUCUACAAUUUCGUGCAUGAUCCCAAGUGUCCGAUCCGGGAUUACAUCAGCGGCAUUACCAAUUUGGCAGCGAAGUUGAAGGGCAUUGGAGUUGUGCUCGAAGACGAAGAUGUUACUGAUGUCCUUAUAUUCAAUCUACAUGAGGACUACUCUAAUAUCGCGGGCACACUCACAGCCACCAAGGGUGAUCUGAAGAUAGCAGAUGUGACAGGUGCUCUAGUCGACGAAGAAGGACGACGCGGAGGAUUGCCUAAAGCGGACGAUGAAAAAGAAGUCGAGAAUAUGGCAUUAUUCGCGCAGAAAAAACGUGACAAUCGAAAUCGUAACGUGGAAUGUUACAAUUGCGGAAAGCGUGGUCACAUUGCUCGUGAUUGUCGCUUACCGGGCAGGUACAACGAAAAGAAUUCGGCAAAGGCCGAGAAGGCGUCGGUUGCCUUUGAUUUGCGAGACAUUGCAUUUUGA